AUGGGGCUAGUAGCUGAAAGUGAUCAAGAACUAGAGUCGUUGAAUAUCACCAGGUGGAAGCAUGAUUUCUUUACAUUUUUAUUAAAGGCUUAUGGUAUUUACUUUUUCUUGCUUGUGGUAGCUUUGGCGCAUACGAUUGGACAUGUACCCGCAACAAUGAGUAUGUCAAAAGUUGCAAUGUCCUUCACACACAUCAUCAAAAGUAGUGAACCAGCCUUUAGCGUUCUCGUCUCAAGCCUCUUCUUAGGCGAGGCAUUCCCUCUACCUGUUUACCUCUCUAUCUUACCCAUUAUUGGAGGUUGUGCUCUUGCUGUUGUCACCGAGCUCAACUUCAAUAUGAUCGGAUCAGGUUUUGGUACAGGUGGUUACUAA